AUGGAACACCUCCCCCUCCCUGCCGGCGUACAACCCUUCAUCGUCGCUCCCUACGAAGCCUCCGAGUCCGAGUGGUUCGACAUUGCCCAGACAGACUUCCUCUCCUUCCCCUCAUCGCGAGGGUGGACAGAGGCGCAGCUGCGUGGGGGCGACGAGACCACCAAAGAAGCCCACCUUGACCCGAACGGCUUCCACACGAAAGGCUCCCCGCAGAAAGUCGAACAGUUCUUCCAAACAUGGCUCUUCUUCGGUCUCGCUAUUGACGUUCUCAAGCUUGGUGGCGUCAGCGCCUGGGUCAGUGAUUUCCUGAAACCUGAGUCUCAUGGCAAGGCGCGGAUCGUCGACACGAGCAAGUUACCCGAGAUGCUCAUUCAGUGGGAGAAGGGCAUCAAGGCGCGAGGACAGUUGAAGAAAGACUGGGAUACGCUGAAUACGAUGUUUGAGCGUGCGGGGAGUAUCCUCGAUCGCUUCUGCAGCCCUGGGCCCGAUGAGCCCCUCCCGCUGCAACAGGACAAGCCGCGGCCCUGGCCAGUGCGCGACGAGAUCGCGACGACGCUCAUCGUUAUGGCGUCGACCCUCCGACGCGCCGCAUACAACGCCUGCAAGGCAGAGAUCUCCGGGACAGCGGCCUGGCCGGCUACAGCGCGCUCGACGAUCCUGACCAGGCGGCUGCUGGCGAAAUGGUGCGUUGCCGAUGUGGCGACGACGCUAAAGCAGUUGUCCAUUGACGGACACUAUUACCUCGCUGCAUCGCCCGGUCUCGAGGCGCAGGAACUGGACCACCAUGCGAAGUGCGUUCGGGCGCACUGUCGGUACGACUAUGAUGCGGAUAUGUAUGUUACCCGGCAUUUUAAGGACGACCGAUGUCGCGAGGACGUCAAAUGGGGGUGGGACUUGGGUGGUGAGAGCGCGACGAGCUGGGCGGAGUUUAUUACCAGGGUUAUUGGCAAGCCUGGCGCGAUGAUCCCCAUUGCCCUAUGGAAUGGGAGGCCCGGGGCCAUGGAGCUGUCCUCGUAUCAGUUUAACCUGGAUGGGGCGCACCCGCGGCCGGAAUACGUGGCCAUUUCGCAUGUCUGGGCAGACGGGAAAGGCAACCCGCGCGCCAACGCCCUGCCACAAUGCCAGCUCGACCGGAUCCAGCGCCUUGUCGGCGAGAUCCGCUGGGAAGGGCGCAAGGCGAUGCGCGGACCGCCGGGCUCGGACGGCGUCGGGUUCUGGAUGGACACGCUCUGCAUCCCCGUGGGGGCGGAGUGGAAGCAUCUCAGGGACAAGGCGAUCACGACGAUGCGGCGGAUCUACGCGGAGGCCAAGGCCGUUCUGGUGCUGGACGACUGGCUGCAGGAGGUCCGGUCCGAUGCGGCACCGCUCGAUCUCAUGACGCGGAUCUACCAGUCGAAUUGGAUCAAGAGGCUGUGGACGCACCAGGAGGGGUUCCUCCCCAAGGCGCUCUGGUUCCAGUUCAAGGAUAAGGCCGUGGAAAUCAACGAGCUGAGCAGGCGGUUCCACGACUACGAUGCUUCGCUCCAGGCUCGUGGAAUCCACUUGGGUUUUCCGGACGGCGCGAGCAUGAGGCUCGUUGAGCAAUAUACCUCCCUGCGGGAACUGAUCAAGGGCACGGCCCAGACGGAGGGGGACAAGUGGAUGACGUAUCAGGCGCUGGCGAACGUCAUGUCCGAGCGAAAGACAGCCCGACUCGCCGACGAGGUCCUCUGCCUCGCAACGAUCAUCUCAAUGCCGCUGGACGACCUCGUGAAAAUCAAGUCCGACACGGACGAAAAGACCGCACAGGCGCGCAUGAAGGCCUUUCUUGUGAGCCUCGGCCGCUUCGAGACAGGCGUGAUCUUCAACAACUACCCGCGCCUGGAAGAGCGCGGGUACCACUGGGCUCCGCGGUCUCUGCUGAACUUCCGCACCGCGCAGAUCUCGUACGUUGCUGAGACCGAAGACUCAGACGAGGCGUCCUUCGACCCAGCGCACACGCGGGGCCUGGUCGUGCACUACCACGGCUUCAUUGUGCGGUUCACGCAGGGCACGUCGCGCUCGUCCUUUGCGGCUGCUGAGCGCGGGUGCGCGAUCCAGUGUACGUCGGCUGCGGACUCUGGACAAGACAUCGAGGGGAGGUGGUUUGUUGUUCAGCUGCCGAGGGAUAACGGGGUGCAGUGGAAGACGGACUUUACGUUUGCGGUUGUUAUCCCGGAGGUCCCGAGGAUUGGCAAGAGCGUGCCGGCUGUUGUGUUGCUGAUAUGGUCGCUCAACGGCAAGGGCGGGAUUAAGGUUGGGGAGCAUAAGAGUGUUGCUACUGUUUGGGUGCAGGACCAUCCGCUUGAGUGGGUUGAUACUGUGCGUGCGCCGCUGCUGAAGAGGAGGACGGAGUGGUUGGUUAUCUGA